AUGAUUAGCUUCGCACCAUGGCACGUCAAUUCAACAAAUGCUACAACAGAUGCUAACGACUACGAUUACGAGAUAUUAUACAGUCCACCUUUGCAAGAACUGGUACCAAUGUCUUUGUCAUACGGCGCAACACUUUUGCUUGGAAUAAUAGGCAAUGGUUUAGUGAUACUUUCCGUCAGUCGGUUCGAACAAAUGAUGACAAUUACGAACACCUUUCUUCUUAGCCUCGCUUCCGCGGAUUUGUUGUUGGUGUUGAUCUGCGUUCCAAUCAAGUUUGCGACCUUUUUUUCUUACCAUUGGAGAUUCGGUGCGUUCAUGUGCAAAACCAUUCACUACAUCCAAAACGUGUCAGCAAUUUGUUCCGUUGCGACCUUGACCGUUAUGAGCCUCGAAAGAUAUUACGCAAUAGUUCACCCAAUGAAAGCUAAAUACGUGUGUACAAAGGGACGAGCUAGGAGAUGUAUCUGUGCUCUUUGGUUCGCCUCCUUCAUAUUAGGAGUUCCCAUCUUGAUUGGAAGGAUUCAGAUCCAGGUCGGUCGACACGGACAAGCGUAUUGGUGUGUUAAAUGGUUCAGCACUCCAUUUCUCCGUAUCUUAUACGAGGGGUACAUGUUCGGACUAAUACUCGUUCUCCCCGUGAUAAUCAUGUCUUUUGCCUACAUACGAGUCUGUCAGGAACUUUGGUUCAUGGCGAAGCACAGAUCAACAAUGAGAGCUGAUGCCGACACGCGUAGGAAUCAGUUUUAUGAGAGGAAUGGGUCAACAAAUAGCACACCUUUAAGAAUGUCGAGCACGGAAAAGACUCCGGUUUUGCGGGUGAAAUUUACUGAUGACGAUUCAACAAAAAAACAGGUCAUUAAAAUGCUGGUUGCUGUAGUCGUCGUUUUUAUCAUUUGUUGGGCACCGAUUCUAACGAAUGAUCUUCUUGUGGCGUUGGAGAUACUUCCAGAGCUCAAUAUCCCUCCAUAUAAAUACAUGCGGGAAACAUUCCAUCUCAUGUCUUAUAUAAAUAGCUGUGUCAACCCAAUUGUGUACGGAUUUAUGUCAAGAAACUUUCGGCAAAUGUUUAAGAGAGCGUUGUGUGGGUGUCUUAAAGGACGUCAAUACGAAGAAGUUCUGCUUACAGGGUCUGGUGCAUAA